CCGCCAGCCACAGCCCACAAAACACACCCGCGGACUCAGCGGGAACAGGGAACCAUGUUGAGGGCGGCGGCGUCAAGGUGCGCCGGCGGCGCCAUCCGGCGGCUGUCGGUGGCUUCGUACCCAGCAGCGGUAGGGGCGCGGAGGAAGCCUCCCCAGGACGAGGGGGACUGGUCCUACUACAAGGAGUGGUGGGGAGAGGACGACGGCCCCGGCGACGGAGCUCACACCGUCUUCCGCCGCCACUCCGAGCAUGGCAAUGGCGUCGUCUCCGUCGUCGCCUACCCAGCCUCCAUACCGGCCAGCGAUCAGUGGCCAGUGAUGGAGAGAUGGCUUCAAGAAAGAAAUUUGGCAAUAUACCCAGAAUCAAGUGGUGCUGACCAAUUUAAGAUACUAGGCUACCAAUGGCGAGUAAUGCGCUUUAACGACCAUACACGGCAAAGUACUGCAAAAGUAAUGGCGUGUUACCGGUUUGGCGGUGAUAGGGCAUUAUACUCAAUGCAGCAACCCAAUUGUUUAGCUGUUCCUUAUGUCAAGAGCAUGGUAUCAGCAGGGUUGACAGCACUCCCUAGUUGUUCUUAUGAUCUCCCUCAAGCAGUUUCUGAGCCGAACACUAUGAAAAUUCUUUGUAUCGGUCAUGGUGGCGGCAGCAUACCAUUGUUUUUGGCUAGUAAAUUCAGAGGUGCUGAUGUCCACAUUGUGGAAAUCGAUCCAGUCGUCGUUUCAGCCUCGGUCGAAUCCAUGGGCUUCCCGGCAUCAUGCGCGAAAGGGUUAUCAGCGCACACCAUGCAGCCCACCGACGGCGACGAGCUGCUAUGGAACGGCGUCCACGACCGCAUCUCCCUCCACAUAGAAGACGCGGAAGACUUCAUCGCCGGCGACAGCAACGUCUACGACCUGGUCUUCAUCGACGCGUACGACGGGAACGACAUAUUCCCCCGCAAGCUCUGGGACGCCGACGGGGCGUUCCUGAGGAACCUGGAGGAGAAGGUCCACCCGCUCCACGGCACCGUGGUGGUGAACCUGCACUCCGACUCGGGGCCGUCGUCCCCCGACGUCGACGACGAGGCCCCCUUCGAGAACGUGCUCCCCAUGGGCAGGUACGUCUCCCACGUCUGCCGGGCAUACAAGCGGCAUUUCGGGCUGGCCUUCACGGUGGCCUCCCCCUGGCUCUGCAACAUCACGCUGGUCGCCUGCCGUGAUAAGGCGAUACUGAAGGGCGCGCCGGUAGGGCGCAGCUGUAGGGAUUUUGUUCUCAGCAAGCUUCUGUCUAGGUCGAGCAUGGUUGAGCAGGCGCUGGACCUGCCGUUCCCCUGUCUGCAGUACGUCAAGAAUGGCUUCACGCUGGUUGAAUGAUGUGUUUGUUCAUUUGGACGGAAGGCGCGAGAAUAAUCUGAUCUUUUAUGCACGACCCUCUCUUGUUGGCACAA